AGGAUUCGCUCGUGAAUUUCGAUUUAUUCCGUGACUUGUGCGCAGUCGUGAGGGCAGCCGGACGUGAUGGGAGAAGAGAGAGGUGAGAAAUCUCACCGGUCGAGAUCCCGAUCACGCGAUCGCGAAAGAAAACGACGGUCGAGGUCACGGGACAAGAAAAGGUCGCGUUCCAGGGACCGUCGACGAUCGCGUUCGCCGAAGAGUAACGGAACCAAGGGACGUCGACGCAAGCCGUCGCUGUACUGGGAUGUGCCACCACCGGGAUACGAGCACAUGACGCCGACCGAGUACAAGUCCAUGCAGGGCCACCACACACCGGGUUCCAUCACGGGGGCCCUGAUCCCGGCAACGGCGGCCAGGAGCGAGUCUGUUGAGAUGGACGUCAAGCCCGCUGCUGCGGGUGGCGUACCCGUGGUCGGCUCUGUCAUCACGCGACAAGCCCGUCGUCUUUAUGUUGGAAACAUCCCCUUCGGUGUCACCGAGGAGGAGAUGAUGGAAUAUUUCAAUCAACAAAUGCAUUUGACUGGACUGGCACAAGCAGCUGGAAAUCCUGUGCUCGCCUGUCAAGUGAACCUGGAUAAAAACUUUGCUUUCCUGGAAUUCCGGUCCAUUGAUGAGACGACACAAGCGAUGGCGUUCGACGGGAUCAACUUCAAGGGCCAGAGUUUAAAGAUCCGUCGUCCACAUGACUACCAGCCCAUGCCUGGGAUGAGCGAGAAUCCCAACUCUUUCGUUCCUGGGGUCAUCAGCACCGUUGUCCCGGACUCUCCGCACAAGGUCUUCGUCGGAGGCUUGCCGAACUAUCUUAACGAAGACCAGGUGAAAGAGUUGUUGAUGAGCUUUGGCCAACUAAAGGCGUUCAACCUGGUGAAAGACUCGACGACGGGAUUCUCAAAGGGUUACGCUUUUUGCGAAUACGCGGACGCCAUCAUCACGGAUACUGCAAUUGCGGGUUUGAACGGGAUGCAACUGGGUGAAAAGCGGCUGAUUGUUCAGCGGGCGAGCGUGGGUGCGAAGAACGCCCAAGCGCAACCCGGAGCCAUGGCUCCGACACCCGUGCAAAUCCAGGUUCCUGGUCUCGACCUCAGCAAUCUGACCGUGCCGCCGACGGAGGUUCUGUGCUUGUUGAACAUGGUGACGCCGGAGGACUUGAAGGACGACGAGGACUAUGAAGACAUCUUGGAGGACAUUCGCGAAGAGUGCAACAAGUACGGGGUGGUGCGUUCGAUUGAAAUCCCUCGACCCAUCGAGGGUGUCGAUUUGCCGGGACUCGGGAAAGUUUUCGUGGAAUUCAACACAGUGUCUGACUGUCAAAGAGCCCUGACGGCGCUGUCGGGCCGAAAGUUCGCCAGCCGUGUCGUCGUGACGUCUUACUUUGAUCCUGAUCGCUAUCAUCGUCGCGAGUUUUAACUAUAUAAGAAAAACGAAAGAUGGAAUGGAAGCUCGAGAUUCGAGUUUUGUGUACUUGUUGUUUUAGCUGGACUUUUUUUUCUCGUUUUGGGUUCUCGUUAAUUGUAUUUCCGCACCCGGGAUCUUCUCUCACGAGCUGAAAUUGUGUGAGGCCCUUUUCCCGAUCGACGGCUUGUCAAGAAUCUUGUUUUCCGCUUCACGUUGAUGUCUUCGUGGAAAUCUGGAACUGUUUUCUCGGCUAUUCAGACUUGUUGCACGCGUCACGAGGUUGAACAGCAAACAUUUUCAAGAUUUAUGGAAAGGAAAGCUAUUGAUCGACAAGCAUUUCUAUACUGCUCUUUUAUUGCACAUCCUCAUUCAAGAGUUCGUCGGUGGUUUGCUUUAUGAUUCCUAGUCUUCCAAUUCGUUCAAAUGCGAUUCUGUUCAAUAAUGAAUUACGAGAUGGACACAUAUUUGAGCAAGCCGUUUCGGGGAAUGGGCCUGUAUGACUCAGUUGAUGAGGGACUGUGGAAAAAUUAAUUGAGAACUAUUUACGACUUUCCUUUGUUUAUCAAGGAAAAGGCAUUGUUCUUUCCAUCUUUUCCUGCUGUGUUUCUGGCCUUUGUAGAAAGCUUGCGUCGGGGCGUUGUAUUGUAAAAAAGGAAAUGUGUUUCGAAUGACUUGUUUUUUGUCGACUCCACGACGAGUGUUUAAAUUCUUCUGAGCCCCGUUUCUGCUAUUCGUUUUACGUAUUUUUGUACCCACAGCUGUUGCAAUACAACAGCUGCACCGACUUCUUUCUUCGCCACUCGUCGCUUGGAAAGUUUGAAAAAAGAAAACAGAUUGUAUGAGAACGUAAAUUGGUUAAUGGCUUCUCACCAAUGUGCGUCUAAUUGAGGCCAUUUGGUUGUCGCCCAUUGUCUCACUUUUUCCAAGGACAUUCGAAAAACGAAGUUGGUAAUUUUUUCCAUUUUAAAUUAAUGCUGUUUAUCCACCCCGGUGAUCCUAAAAGCAUCGUUUCAGCUUUCAAUACUCUUGCAAAUCACCAGAAAUUUCGAAGUUUCUCGAAUGUUCCACAGUAGGCUUACCCAGUUGAGAA